CCUAGGUAGGGAGCGAGAAGACAUUCAGGACGCAGCCGACCGCUGGGAUGAAGGAGAGCCGGGGGCAUCCUCACCGGGGUCUGAUCUCAUACUGAAAGCAAAGAGCAACGCGAUUGAGAUUAGCUUCACUCUCUAGCUUUAAAUAUAUAUAUAUAGCUGUGUGUGUGUGUUUGAUUUUUUUUUUUUGCGCGUGUGUGUGUGUGUGUGUUUUUGUUUGUCUGGAUUGUUGAUCGAGGAGCGCAGCUGAGCCAAGAUGAUGGAGGAGAUCGACCGCUUCCAGGUGCCGACCGAGGCGGAGAUGCAGGCCCUGGAUCCAGCGUCCUCCACGGCCUCUGAGGGAGACUCGGACACGAGAGAGAGUGAGCCGGCCACCCUGAACUACAAACCAUCACCACUGCAGAGGAAAAUAGAAAAACAGCGAGAGCUGGCCAGGAAGGGUUCUCUGAAGAACGGCACGGCGGGGAGUCCUGUCAACCAGCAGCCCAAGAAGAACAACGUCAUGGCCAGAACACGGCUUGUGGUUCCCAACAAAGGCUACUCCUCCUUAGACCAAAGUCCAGACGAGAAACCUUUAGUUGCUUUAGACACAGACAGUGACGAUGACUUUGACGUGUCCAGAUACUCCUCAUCCGGAUACUCCUCAGCUGAGCAAAUAAACCAGGACCUGAACAUCCAGCUGCUGAAGGACGGAUACAGGCUGGACGAGAUCCCUGACGACGAAGAUCUUGACCUCAUCCCUCCAAAAUCGGUCAAUCCAACCUGCAUGUGCUGCCAAGCCACGUCUUCAUCUGCCUGCCAGAUCCAGUAAAAAUUCUCUCUUCCUUUUCCUCUUCCCCUCUGUUUUGCUCUCUCUCUCUCUCUCUCUCUCUCUCUAUCCCUCUCUCUUUCUCUUUCUCUCCUUCUUGUACCCUAAUAAAGACAUUUAAUCCACGUUAUGGCACGAAAUGUACAGGUAAUGUUAUGAUCAAAAUGGCGUACAGGAAAUCCUGAAGACACACACACGCACACACACACACAUAUACACAUAUACACAAACACCAACCCCAACAUAUACCUGCGAUAAUAAUUAAUGUUGUGACUAUUAUUAUUGGUAGCGUCCUCCUAUGGUAGGGCGCUCUGUACGCUAGUUAGCUGGGAGGAGAUUAUGUGUUAAACCUCCUGGUGGACGUUGUGUAAUGACUGUACAAUUGGAGGUUCAAAAUAAAAGAAGUGAUUUAACCGUGCAUAAAAUACUUGGUGAUGCUAGCGCCAAUUUAUCAGCUGUAGUACCUACCUGCUUUCAUGUUGUACUUAUAAUGUUAUGUUUGUUGUCUUUUUGUUUUUUUGUUUCACCUGGACAGCUGUAUUGGUACGUGCUUAAGGAUGUUGCCGAGACACUCUUGUUGAUUUUCCUUUCUUGUACUAGUUGUUCAUUCGCCGCACUUAAAAAACGCAGCAUUGUGUAGCAUGUAUGGAAAACGUUGCACUGUUUUUUUUUUGUUUUUUUUUUGUCUAGAGUUUUGUUUACACUAAUUCGGAGCUCCAUCGCAAGUGUUCGUUCAAUGAUUUGGAGACGAAUGUAUCGAUUAAAACCGAAUGCAUAUCCAAUCCAACUGGCUUAUGGAAUACGAUAUAGCCUUUAUUAUAUAUUUAAAUAUUAUAUUUAAAGGCCACUUAGUUAGCAUCAUUUGGUCGAUCUUUAUUUGAUGUUAACUUCCACACAUAAUAUCAGUGUGCUGUAAAAUGCUACCUAAAGUGCAUACAAACACUUUGGUGUAAGUGACUGUUUCUCCAUUGAAGUGCUGUGUUCUGGCUUUUUUGACUAAAGUGGCAUCACAAAGGAAGUAAACUUUCAUGAAUAU